AUGGAACGCAUCGUUAAUUUUGCUCGCCGUCGUCGCAGUAGCAAUACCAAUGUGCCACGAUCCCGGUCGCGUUCGACAAGCGAUCGGAGCAAGGAGGAUGAAGCUCUCCGCCGGCUCAUAUUGACUUCUGACACUCCGGAUUUUGACCAGACUAUUAUCCGACAAUUCGAGGCCGAGGGUUUGAAGGUCAAGUAUCUGCCAUUUCUUGGUGGAGGUCGCGAUCUGGAGCGGGCCCGGAAAGAUCUCGAGAACCAAUUGAAUGAGCUCGAGGAUGAUCUAGAGCCUGGAGAGAGAUAUGCUGUAGUUGCGUACAGAAAACCUGCCUAUCUGCUUUUGGCAGCCCAUCACCAGUCUAAUACAACCACCAAUCCACUCCCACGACUCUGCGCUCUAGUCGCCUACUACCCAGAACCACCCUUUGAUCCUCAUGAUCCCCAGUUUCAAGAGUACUUGUUCCCAUGCGAAGCUCCCUCGGGUGCACUUAAUGGCGUCUCGACUUACUCACCCCAUUCUUUUCUCCCUCUUCAGAUCCACCUGGCAGACGACCAGACGCCAGCUUUCUACGAGAAUUACACAGCCAACCCAGACAAAAAGCGCCAUCGAUGUCAUGUCUUCUCGUACCCAGAGUCGCAUGUUGGAUUUGCUGAGCAGUCAGAAAAGAACUAUGACCGGAUCGAUGCACAGCUUGCCUGGAGUCGGACACUGGAUUGCAUAAAGAGGAGCUUUGCACCCGGGCCAAACUGGACAGUCUCUGAUAUCGAAACAAUAUGGGCGAACCAUUGGCACAGCAUGACGCAAAUUGACACGCCUACUCGCGAUACCAUGGAGGUAAUAGUGGGAGGAGAGAACGGCACCGAGGCGCCUGAGAGCCAUUAUUACUACAAGCAUAGUGAGGGACCGACAGUAAACUGCGUCCCGACUUUGAUUGGAGCAAAACGAACAAACCCAUCAAUCCUCAGAACCUUUCACAAAAACACAUUCUUUCCCUCCGGCCCACCAUCCCAACACCUCCGCCUCAUCUCCCGCACCACCGGCCCAGACCGUGUCGUUGACGAAGUCCUUCUCACAUUCGACCAUACCGAGGAAGUCCCCUGGCUACUACCAAAUGUCCCACCAACGAACCGCAAGGUGCAGAUUCCCCUCGUGCUAACGGGGACGUUUUGCGCGGGGAAGUUAGCCCGGCAGCAAGUCUACUGGGACCAGGCUAGUGUGCUUGUGCAGGUUGGAUUGUUGGAUCCGGGCUUGGUGCCGGGCAGCUUUGAGGCGAAGGGGGAGACGAGGGGUGGGAAGAGGGGUGUUGAGAAGUUGCCGGUUUGGGGGAGGGAGGAAGCGGAGGGAGUUUUGAGUGCUUGA